AUGCCAGCGCCAGCUAUUGACACAUCUCGGUUCAGGCACAGGAAGAUUAGUGUGAAGCAGAGGUUACGGAUAUAUAAGAGCAAUGAGAUAAAGGAGUUAGAACAAGAGGAUGCAACGGCUGCCAAUGUGCAGCAUCAGCAGAGGGAAUUGAUGGAAAUCGAGACCGGUGUUGAAAAAAAUGAAGAGAAGGAAGAACAUUUAUACAAGAUUUUGCAGUCUAACCAACUCCGAGAGAACAAAAAAGACUUGUUCAUUCCAACACCGGAUGCGUCCAAAACUUGGGAUGAGUUUGAUAAGUUUUAUGUUGGCGAAUUUCAGAACCCGAAGAGUUACAUACAGUUUUCUGCUCAGUUGGAAGAUUGCUGUGGGACGCUGUAUAAUAUGGAUGAGCAGGACGAGGAGUUUUUGAAGAAAUUAAAUGAGUCCCUGGAGGAUUCUGUAGAGCCUCUCACUGAAGACGAAUUCGAACUGAUAAUGGCCAAUCUUGAAUCGUCAAUCAAAGAAAAGCAACCGUUUCUGUCUAUGGACCCCGAAAGCAUCCUUUCUUUUGCUGACUUGAGGCCGACAAUGUUAAAGAAUGAUGUUGGAGACUCAGGCGUGAAGAAAAGUCUUGCUAAAGAAAUCGGUAUGCCUGAAGAUGAACCAUUUUUAACAAUGUUUGAUCCAAAGAGGCGCAUAGGUAAAAGAGAGAAGAAUAUGAAGGCUUUAAUGGACCUUUUUGGAGAGAAAGUUUACGAUUAUUGGAAAAAACGUAAGAUUGCGCGUGAAGGUGGUGAAAUUUUCCCACAGUUAAAAUCAGAACGUAACCAUGAUAAAGAUGAUAAUGAUCCAUAUGUCUGCUUCCGUAGAAGAGAACUACGGCAACCUAGAAAGACAAGGAGAAUCGAUGUUCAAAAUUCGAAAAAACUACGUUUAUUGCAUCAACAAUUACAGUAUACAAAAGACCUAGCACUUGCUGUUGCAAAAAGGGAACGGGCCGCAUUGGAUAUACUUAACAAUGAUAAAGUCGUGUUUGAGACACGUAGUCAGUUGAAGGCUUUGAAGCGGAAGUUAGGCAUAACCACCGAUGACGAAGAUUUAUACUCAACCAAGAGGCCAAAGCUUGUCAGUUCAGUUAUCACUAUCAAACAAAGACAGCAAAUGCUGCUGCAACAACAACAACAACAGCGUUUACAACAGCAACAGCAGCAGCAACAACAAGCUGCUAUUGCCUCCGACUCUUCUGUCAAAAAAUCCAAAUCUACCAAAUCUAGCAAAGCCAAUAAAGACGCUGAUACUUCGUUCCCUGAAGCAAAAGCCGCAGAAACUAAAAGAAAAGGUCAUAAAUCUGCAUCGCAAAAGCUCAAGGAACAAGUUAAGUCCGGUAGUCAAGAUCCAGAGAAAACAGCCACCGCAAAUACGAGUUCAACUGCCCAACAGCAGCAAAACCAGAUCACAUCUCAAGUAUAUGUCAAACUUCCAAGCUCAAAGAUUCCUGACAUUGCGCUAGAGGAUGUUAAUAAACUUUUGUAUUCCAAGGAGAAAAGUACUAAGAAGUUUGUUGAAGAUAGAAUGAAAAAGAGGAAGCAAGAGGACGGGGAUACUUUCUUCAAUCUUAUUGACGAUCCUUAUAACCCUGUAUUUAAUCUUGCCAUACCAGAGGAUGUAAAAGCACAAGAUGCACCUUUCUCCUCUGUGGCAGGUUCGAAAUUCGAAAUCAAAAAAUCAUAUUACUCCCCAGACCUUCAAAAAUACGUUUCUGGUAAUACAAAUGAUAUCACUGUUUUGAACAAAGAUGGUGAAGUUACAAAUAAUAAUGAACACAAGAAAUUAGAACUGUUCAAUCUGUUUGAUGAUAAUUUGCAGACUCAUUCUCAGGAAUUCCCAGUUGCAUUCAGAAUUCGUCGUGGUCGUUUUAAUAGGAAAUAUAUUGACCAAAGAAAAACUGAUCAUAAUAUCAAUGACAUCUUAUCUCAAUGCAUUGAUUUUGAUGAAGUAAGAAAACAGGAGCGAGAAAAUGAUGUCAUUAAUGUCUAUGACUCUAAACUAGAUGAUUUGUCUAGAUCAUAUUAUCGCUGGAAGUAUGAUUCUAACUAUAAUCUAUACGGAUCGAAAUUCUCUGACGAACCUGCAAAAUUGAAUCAAAUUUCGAACGAUACGCAAGUUGUAAGAUUUGGAACAAUGCUUGGUUCGAAGGCGUACGAACAAUUACGAGAUGCUACAAUCAAAUACAGACAAGAACAAAUAAACAAGAGAAAAAGAUUGAACUCUAUCCAACAACAGCACCAACAAAAACAACAAGCUAUGUUCAAAGGACAACAAAACAGUUCUAGUAGCAAUAAAUCUCACUCUUCCUCACCGACCACGUCACUUCAAGACCAAAAGAAAAGAAUGGGAACAGUUUCAAACCAAUCCCCAACUCCCAAAGAACGCAUUACACCAAACACAGUAGUGUAA